UCCCUUAAGGCUGUGUUCGGGCGCCGCGGCCCGCCCCAUCCACACGUGAGGCGGCCGCUUACGCGGUAAGCUUGAGCCUCUCGCGCUCCCGUCUGGGCGCCGCUGGUACGCGGAGCACCGGCGGCCGCUACAGCGGCUCUUCCUCCGCUGUUGCCAUGUCCGCCCUGGCCAAAGCCUCCGGCGCCCUCAAGUCCGUGGAUUACGAAGUGUUCGGGCGGGUGCAAGGCGUUUGCUUCAGGAUGUACACAGAGCAGGAAGCCAAGAAAUUAGGAGUGGUUGGCUGGGUUAAAAAUACCAGCCAAGGAACCGUGACAGGCCAAGUUCAGGGCCCAGAAGAGAAAGUGAAUGAAAUGAAAUCCUGGCUGAGCAAAGUUGGAAGCCCGAGUUCCCGCAUCGAUAAAACAAAUUUUUCCAAUGAAAAGGAGAUUUCCAAGCUCGACUUCUCGGAUUUCAACACUAGAUACUAACAGGAGGCAACGUCACUAAGCACAAAAUUCUGACAUUUCUGCUGCAUGAUAUUUUCUGUGCCUCCAUCAAACGUCACAAGAGCAUUGGGAUGCUUUUCUGUACUAGGGAUAAACAUAAAUGCUCCCUGUUCCCACCAAGUAAGAAUUCCAUGUUGCUGUGUUAGACAUCUUACACCAUGAAUGUCAACAUUUAGUGUCUAAAAUGCCAAUAUCUAAUUUAUUGCAGCUUUGAAAGACAGAUAAAAGCUUAGAAGUGCUGGUGGUUAUUUGUGCACAAUGAUACUUGUUACAUACAACCAGAUGGUACCUAAUCUUUACACUGUGAGUCAUAUUUCAGAUGAAAAAUAAUAAUAAAAUUAUGUUCUACUGUUUGUAAUCUCACCAAAAAUACAUAACUACAGAACUGGAACACUUAAGAGUUCUGUGUAACAAGUCUGUUAUAAACCAGGCCCUUUGUGAUAAUUAAUAAAGUUAUAGUGAUAAUUUAAAAUAAUCUUAGUUUGAAAAAAUGUAUUUAUAUAAUGAGCUCUGGAUUAAAAUUCUCCAUAGUAAUUCAGAUAAA